AUUGGUGAAUUAAAAUUGGAAGGAAAAUGUCUUGCUGUGGAGGAUACAGUGGCUGUGGUUCUGGCCGCAAUUGUGGCAGCGGCUGCGGAGGUUGCGGAAUGUACCCUGAUGUCGAGAAGGACACAACUGUGACCCUGAUUGAAGGGGUAGCACCAGUGAACAUUUUCCCCGAGGGAUCCGAGAAAAGCUUCGUAGCAGAAGGAGGUCAUGGCUGCAAGUGUGCACCAAGCUGCCGAUGCAACCCUUGCAACUGUUGAUGAAAAAAUGACUGAUCUGUUGAUCUCCACUUAGUAAUUAUGACUACUAUGAUGCGACCCUUGGGUAGCCUCAGUUGUUAAUGUUCCUGAUGGUGUGUGGUAAAGCUUGUCCUAAAUAAGAAAGCCAUGACUUCUGCAGAUCUCCUCUCUGGAUUUUGCUGAUGUCUUAUGGCUAUGUUCUGGUCGUGUCCCUUUUCUUUUUCUUUUUUUUUUUUUCUUUUUUUU